AUGAGUGCUGCUUCGAAUGAAUUUAAGGUCAUUGCGACCACAGACUAUAAAGGCACCACAGUUGAGGUUGUCGACGGGGAUCUGUUAAAGUAUCCGGUAGAUGUCAUUGUUAAUGCUGCGAAUGCUAGUUUGGUGAGGGGAGAUGGUAUUGAUGGGGAGAUUCACAGACAAGCUGGACCUGAACUGGCAGCGGAAAUGAAGACGCAAUUCCCACAUCCAGGGAAGCAGGGUGGCGCUUAUGGAACGACUCAUUCUUGGGAUAUAACAUCAUGCCAAUAUAUUAUCCAUGCUGUUGGUCCGGAUUGGCGUCAACCAAAUCAAAGAGCCACAGGACUUCUUGCGAACGCUUAUCACAAUAGUCUAAGCCUGGCAGCGAAAAAUAAUCUCAGAUCCAUUGCGUUUCCAGCUAUUUCGGUCGGAAUCUUUCAAAUGCCAAGGGGAAUGGCAGGGGUUACAGUAAUGAAAACUAUUAGAUCUUGGAUCGAUAGUCAUCAAGGGGAAAUGGAUCGCAUAGGUAUAUUGCUAUUCGGUUUUGAUCAACCAGAGAUAGUCGAGAUGAAGUAUCCCAACCUCCAACUAUAUAUUCCAAACGAUGGCCCGGAUAGGAGUAACGAACCGGCAGCAGCUUUUAGAUUCCUACUUGAUACUACUGUACCACAAGCUCCCCCUCCAGCUACGACAGUUGACAUACCACCACCUCAAUCGAAGCUUCUCACAGGCAUGCAGGGGUAUUCUGAUGACUUUGGGACUCCGGAUCCCCCUUCUGGCUUAUCAGUUUCACCAACACCCCCUCCUGGUACUACAAAUAGUGCAUCCAUACCGAGCACGGCAGCUAGUGUUACUACCCCAUUUGGUGCAUCAUCCGAAUUUCCAUCUGAGUCUUCAUCCGACUCUAUGCCCGAGACUCCUCCCAAGUCUCCAUCCAAAUCUCCAUCCAGGUCUCCACCCAUGUCUCCGCCUUCACCACCGCCGAGACCUACAGGCGGACGUGGCGAAACCCCGAGCGAUUCAGGCGAAGAAGCCCCCAGCUAUCUCGUCAGAUUCUACGAGCCACUUUCUCACAUGUGGAUGGGGCGCGAUCGCUACUACGCUUUGUUGGAAGCCGGAAUCGACCCCGAAACUUUUUACGAAGGAACGAUGAUACCGGACCCCGAGGAAGAUCCCAACACUGGACCUCUUUCCGGCGAAGAAAAAGUCAUGUUCGAUAAAUAUAACCAGGAAAGAAUUGAACGAGGAGAACAAAUCAUGACGCGUUUACACUUGCCAGCAGUACAGAAGGAUAAGGAAGCGAGGGAUAGAGAAAAUAUCAUUCAUGCGGAACGUAGUCAGCAGAUAUUGACGGAAACUGCAAUAAGGACUGAGGCGAAGGUUGAAGUAUGGAAGGAAGCAGUUGAGAAGGAUGGGAUGGUGCACUGUACCGUUCUGGAAAUAGGUGGAGAUCGAUGCCGUAUGCGUGGAUAUGCCGCCCUCUGGCGCGGCAACUUAUUUCCUGAUCGGUGCUUUCGGCAUCAAACAGAUUAA